AUGGGGGCUGUCCUCUCUGUGCCGUGGCUGCUGUCGCCCGUGGCGUCCUGCUGCACGGCUGCCUGCGUGUCGCUAUGUACGUCGGCAGCGGCGUCGAUGAUAUGCCAGCCGUGCCACUUCCGCUCGUCGGUCGCGACGCGCGUGGGCUAUGCCCUGCUGUUCUGCGUGGACGCGCUGGUGGCGUGGCUGAGCCUCGCGCCCAGCCUCGCGCGCUCGCUCGAGCACUGGACGUUCCGCUACGUGCAGCUUUCGUGCAUUGAGCAGGAGACGUGCGUCGGCGUUCUGGCUGUGCACCGCAUCACCUUUGCGCUUGCCCUGCUGCACCUGCUCCUGGCCGCGCUCCUCGUCGACGUGCACGACUCGCGCUCGCCGAAGGCCGCGAUCCAGAACGGCUGGUGGGGCCCCAAGGUCUUUGCGUGGCUCCUUCUCGUCACGCUCGCCUUCCUCCUCCCCAGCGGCUUCUUCCUCGUGUGGGCGAACUACGUGGCGCCGUGCCUCGCGCUGGUGUUCAUCCUGCAGAGUCUCGUGCUCCUCGUGGACUUUGCGCACACGUGGACAGAGGAGUGCCUCGACCGGUGGGAGCGCGGCUCGGAGCUGCACAAGUACCUCCUGCUCGGCUCCACGCUCGGCACGCAUGCCGUGGCCAUCGUCGGGUCGAUGCUGCUCUGGGUGUUUCUGGGCCGCGGCUCGUGCACCGGCAACCGGAGCAUGAUCUGGAUCAACAUCGCGUUCUACGUCGCUCUGACCGGCUCCUCCGUGAGCCGGCCCGUGCAGGAGGCGAAUCCACGCAGCGGCCUCGCACAGUGCGGCGUGGUCACGGCGUACAUGACGUAUCUCCUCGCGUCGGCGCUCAUGCAGCACGACGACGCGGCGUGCAAUCCCAUCGCGCGCGGGCGCGGCGAGGGCGUCCAGACCUCCACGGUCGUGGCGAGCGCCCUCUUCACAUUUGCGACCAUUGCCUACUCGACGACGCGCGCUGCGACGCACUCGCCCCUGAUGCGCGACAGCACGGCCGGCGGCCCGAUCGCGCUCGAGGCGGCGCCUGUCUCGCUCACGGAGCCGAUCACGACGCCGCCCGCGCCGCAGUCGACACUGCGCAUCGCGGCCAUCCGCUCGGCGGUCGAGGCCGGCUCCCUGCCGAGCUCGGUCCUCGACGACGAGCUGGACGCGCAGGCGGCAGCCGACGCGCCGCGCGACCGCCGGCAUGUGAACGACGACGAGUACGAGGGCGUGCGCUACCACUACAGCAAGUUCCAUCUCAUCUUUGUGCCGGGCAUCUGCUACACGGCCAUGCUCCUGACCGACUGGCAGUCGGUGCAGCACCGCGACACGGGCGAACAGCUCGUCACCUUCAUCGGCACGAGCAGCGCGGCCAUGUGGAUCCGCAUCCUGUCGGCCUGGGUGUGUGGGCUCGCGUACCAAUGGACGCUCCUGGCGCCCGUCCUCUUCCCGGACCGCUUUACAUAG